UGGCUGGGACGUGGUUCCAAGCCCAGGCAAUGCUGGGCACUGCCCUCUGGUCACCCUCAUCUCCUGCCUGGGCUUUUGAGAAGUCAAAAUUCAUCUACCAAGUCUUGAAAGCUUGAGGCUCAUUCCAUCCACCCACACUUGAAAGAAGGUAGCUCCCUUCCCCGCCCCCAGGCCCUCCUUCUCUCCUCCCCUCACCCUCCCUAUCUCCUCUGCCUCCUAGUUCAAAAGCAUCCAGACUCAAAGAGGCCUGCAGACAGCCCUGAGCUCACCUCUCAAAGCUGCUACCAGAGCCCAGGAAGAUCCAGAAUGAACGGCUUCCUCCUCGUCUUCACCAUCAGUCUCCUGGUGGCAGUUCAGAUACAAACAGGAGUCUUGGGGCAGAAUGAUACGAAGCCUGUGACCCCUGCCGCCGGCAUCACUAUCAAACUCCCAGCGAAACCCACAAAGGGUGGGGCCCCAUCUCACAUCAACGUGGGCGCCUGCAGUUUCUUCCUUUUCGCCAACACUUUCAUGUGUCUCUUCUACCUCGGCUGAGGGGAUGAUGGCGCUUCUACAGCCCUGUGCUCCUCCAAGAGCUACCACCGUCAGUGGCAAGAGAUCCCCAACCCAGUCCUUGGAAAGGGUUGACACCAGAGAUCCCAGGAAGUUGAAAUUGAUGGCCAAUGGCCAAAAUGGGGAGGUACUAAUGGAAGGGGCCAAGUAACACCCAGCUGGGGCUCAAUAAAGUUUUACUUAUGCUUA